GGAAGAUAAGACAUGAUGAAGGAUUUCUCUCUGUCCCUGCUUAGUCGUGGGUGUGGGCGAUUAGUCUCGUCAAACGGAAACACAGGGAGGCAUGAUGGUCGGCUGGACGUCUGCUUCACACCACAGGAUUACUUUAUCUGGAAGUCCCGGGACUCUCUUCUGCGGUUGUCCAACAGCGGCCGCCAGAUUGUGAAUGAAGAGUCAGCCCUUCCAAAGACUUACAGCACCCGUCGGGGCCAACUUCAACUCUAUUCCCAGGACUUGGUUACCAUCGAAACCAGCGCAGUGACCAGAGAUGGAAAGCAGAAAGUUGUACAGCGAUACACUCGACAAGACAAGUCGCAGUUGAGCACCCUCAAGGAAUUAACUGCAGCCAUUUUGAGUUACAGCAACACCCAGUACACCUCCUCCAGACUCGGUCCACUUUUCCUUCCUCCUCUUCAUCAUCGCCCUCUUGCUCCAGACCUUCAUCAUCCCAUUCCUCCGCCUCUUUGCACGACACAAGUGCAGCCAAGUCCAGAGUUGCUUGGACAGUUUAACCCUGAGUGGCUUCCUGCAGAGGGAAUAACUGAAUUCCUGGGGAACCAACCUGAAGGUAAAAGAGGGAUGGAUGGACAUAUAGGUAUCAAAAAAACGGUCCGGUUGGAUCUGUUCCUCCAGAUACCCUGCAGAGACAAGACUUCACAGGUGCAACCCCAGGCCUGGGUUAACGUUUCAGCCAUGACCCCCGAAGAACUAGAAGAACCUCAGACUUAUCUAGACAUGAGUCGGCAGCAUACUGGAAGUUCACAGCACAGUACAGGAGGGGAGCGCCAUCAUUCAAACAUGAACUGGGUCCAUGAUAUGGCAGAUGAUCCAGGCUCCAUUCAAGACAGUCUCAAGACUCAUGAUGAAGGCAACUAUGAAAGAUCGAUAAGGGGGAGCAGACAUGGCAGGAUAGACCCUCCUCCUCCUCCAGUAGCAGGUAGUAUUGCAGGACGGAAAGGCCCAGGCAAGCAGAGCUCUUUGGCCUUCUUACAGAACCGAAAGCUUGACCUCCAGAAUCCCUGUACAUCGAGGGAUCCUAGCAGAGGCGUGGUUAGGGGUAUUCUGCCUCUAGAGCUGAGAGAUUUGCAGAACGGCAAACCUGUUGGCAGCCUGAUCUUGGGUCCUGAUGGGGAGAUCAUUCAACUCUCGCUGUACAAUGACAACCAAGACCAUGACACUCAGGAGCAAGCUCUCCAGGUUUUAUCUGCAGAAGGAGAGAAGUUACCCUUGUUCAUUGUGCUGCAGGCUGAAAAGACACAUACAGGUGGAGAGUUAGAGCCAAACACAGAUGUUCCUGAUGGUGACAUUCAGCACCAUCAAGCCAUACACAAGCUUGUAGAAUUUCACACAUUGACCGAGAUCAAUGCAUGCUCACCCAGCAGCCAGAAAGACCCAGGUAAAACUGCUGUUUCAGCUGUGACGGAGACAAAAACAAAGACUUCAGAGGCAGUGGCAUGGACAAAAGUGAUUAAAAACCACAUUACCAUACCUCCACUGAAGGAGCAGGUGGGGAAGGAGGAGCCAAGAGCAGGCAACACCGAGCAGGGCAGCAUCCAUGGAUCACAUCAACCAGGUUUGCGUGGAGAAGCUAGCAAGCAGAACAUCAACCCAAAUGAAGCAACAACAGAGCUCACUGGGGACAAAAGGAGGACGAAUACUAAGAUGAAGGACGCUGGGGAAGGCGCAGCAACAACAAGGAAAAGGGAGAUGAAACCAGGGAAAAGUGAACCAUCAGAUGGACAGAAGGCAUCGAGGGCGAGGACGGAAGGAGGAUGGGAGAGGCAAAAGACGAAAAGUGAUGCUGAAUCAAUAAGGAGGCGGACAGAGGAGGAGAGGACUAACAGAGAAGAGGCAGACACUCAGCGCCAUUCUGCUCUACCGUCUGUAAGGAUGCCAGACAAAGGAGGAGGGAGAGGAGAAGAGAAGACGAAUGAGAAGAAAAAAGAGCGAGGAGAAGUGGCGAGACAAAAGGACGAGUCUGCCGUAAGGAGGAAGAGGAGAGGGAGGCUGAAAGACAAAGAGUUGGCUGCUGAAAUCAAUGAGGAGCCCAUGAAGAAAGAGGAGGAAAUAAACCAGAACAUUAAAAAGGCUUCUCACCUAAAAUCGACCGAGAGGCCGUCUGCAACACAAAGACACAAUAACAAAACCCAUUUAGAGGAAGAAAAAGAACAUGUUAACAUCAACGCUGACAAACACAGCCAAUCAGAGAGCUCGCUCAGGUCCGCUGCAUCCCCGUUCAGCCCGAAGAGCCUGAAGAGGUCUUCUGCCUCUUUCUGUGAGGGUGUGGAGCAUGCCAGUGCUACGGGUCUCGCUCCAUCACGUGGCUGCUUGUCUUCAUGUUCAACCGUCAUGAUAACAGAGGAAGAGUUGAUGCUGAACCCGAUAAAGCAAGAGUCCUCCAGGCCUAGAAAUGGCCUGGAGGAGGAAGAGGUAGCAGCUGUGCGUCUUGCCAAGCGAGCGGAGAGACGGAGGCAGGAUGUGGAGAGGAAAAGGAGGGAGCGGGAGGAAGAGGAGUUAAAACAGCAGAAGAAGGAGGAGACAGAGGAGAGGAUGAAGAGUGAGCUGGAAAAAGAGAGGAGGAAGAGGGCUGAAGAGCUCAGACUGAGGAAGCUGGCAGAGGAGGAAGAGAGGAGGAAGCACGAGGAAGAGGAGCAGGAGCGAGUGAAACGGGAACAAGCACAACGAGAAAGAGAGAAGAGGAGGCAGGAGGAGAGGAGGCGGCAGAUGGAGCGACUUCAGAGGAUGAGAGAGGAGGAGGAACAGAGGAGGAAAGAUGAGCUCGAGCGUCUGCGCCUGGAGGAGGAGAGGCAGCAGGAAGAGGAGAGGAAGAAGCUUCUGGAGAUGGAAGAGAGUGAGAGGAUAGAGUACCUCUGCAGGAAGGAGCAGGAGGAGGAGAGCAGGAGAAACGAAGACGAGCAGCGUAAAAGGAGAGAGGAGGAGGCCACCUUACAGGCCGCAGUGGAAGCAAGGCUGCAGGCAGAGCAACUUGCAAGAGAGAUGGCGCUGUUGCAGCAGCAGUUGGCCGUUCAAAGGCGUCUGUUGUUGGAGGCUGGAGGUCUGGAGAAAACGCAGGGUAUAUCUAGACCGUGGAUCUACUCUUACUUCACUUUGUUACAGUUACUGGGUGUAAAUCCAACUACAGCUGAGACCAUAACCCCUGACUGAUUUUAACCUCUAUUUGAGAUCACUCCUUAAAUGGUUCAAUGAUUAUGAGAAUUCAAGUUAAUAGAGGACAUCAACAGAUGGGGGUCAGGCAUCUCCGAAUCCACAAAUCAAUAAUGCUUUAAAGAAAAUACCAUUGCCCAUUUGUCAAAGACAAUACCUGAUUUCCUCUUUUGAUAUUUUCUAUGUUUCUAUAAAAUAAAAGGAUUUUAAAUAUU